AUGAAUAGAUCGACUACGUUUUUACUUUGCCUCCUGCUCCUAUCAACAAAUUGCAUUGCGAACCCUCACCAAAACAAUGGCAUACGGCAUAUUCCAGAAGCUGAAAGGAACCUAUUGCCAUCCACUUUGAAUAAUGACCCUCUGUUGAAAAGUGGCCCCGUACCUCAAGGAUCCAUCUUUUUACAGGAAAGAUCUGAUACUACAGAUGAGGAAAGUUUGUAUAGUCGUGCUAAAUUUGCUUUACCACUUUCCGGAGGCUCUACAUAUCUAAAAUUAUCUGAAGCUGAAAAUCCAUAUCUUUCUGGUUUAUUGUACGAAAAUAUAUUUCAAAGCUAUAAAAAUGAAUGUAACCCUUAUCUAUUAAGUAGCGGGAACAUAACUUUAGUUACUCGCUUAAAUGGCACACUGAACACUUCCUUGUCUAAUCAAAUAUUACGAGAUCCUACAUUAUUUAUUCAGUGCAAAAAUUCUUCAUAUUCUUCCCUCCAAACUCAUAGAAACGUAACUCAUCUUUUAAAAAAAUUAGUUACAAAUCUAUCAACAACCAAUUACACAGAUGACAUGAAAUUUUUUCUGAGAAAAGAUGAUUUCAAUAGUGGAAUGAUUGUAAUUCUUUUCUGUGAAACAAGUUUCUGUGUCGGAGGCUGGAUGCUUUUCUUAAUUAUUAUGCUGCUAUCUUCUGAUAAUUAUAACAAAAAAAUCAUCAUAGUUAGGCUCUACGUAUUGGUUUAUGCAGUAAUUCAAUCGGUCGACUUGAAGUAUACUAAUGAUCAUGUUUUAAGACUGCAAUACGAGAAAAAUUUUCAAGAUGCAAUAUUGUAUGAAGAUAGGGUCGUCACUGCUACUUUCUCUAGAGUACUGAACUUAAUAAUCAAUAUUCUAAGUAAUUUGAACUGGCUUUACAUUUCGUAUUUCAUUUAUAUCAAAAACAAUAAGGUACUAAACUGGAAAUGGUUGCCAUCGUUUAUGAGAACAAAGGUAAGAGCAAUUCUUACAUUAGCUACGAUCAUUAGCACUUUUGAUAACAUUUUGCUGUUGACACUUAUAUGUACUCAUACAACUACGGUAGAACAUCUCUAUAAAGCGGUUGAAUGCUUAACGUGUGUUGCUUUUUUUGUACUGGUGAUCUAUUUCAUUUAUGACAACUUUGGUUUCAUUUUAUCUCCAAAGAGAAUAGAAGGAAGAUCAAAAAUAAGUUUUAAAGAAAAGGUAAGAUACAGCUGGAGAGACUAUCAUCAUACCAUACCUGUAUUGGUUUAUAAUAUGCUUGUUUGCGUCAGUUUUUUAUUUGUAAGUAUCUUCCUUGCGGCCAGGGUUUCAAAACGGUAUGGUUGGAAAUAUGAUGCUGUUUAUUUCCUAAAAGUUUUGAUUACCGUUAAUCUAUGGGGUCUAAUUGGUAUACUAGAAAAAAGAGAGUUGAAAUUAAGUAAAGAAACUAUCUUAGGUAAAAGAAUCAACAAUAAAGAUGAGUUUUUCUUAAAUCCAUCUGUGGAUUAUAAUGAAAAAGACUACCCUCAAAUCAAUCAACCAGUGAGCUGCCAAGAUAUAGAAGAAACAUCCCCUGGGGGGGAUAUCAGUUUGUCCCAUCCAUUAAGAGGAUGGAAAUCGCGUAUUGAAAGAUUCAGAGAUCGUAGAAAGAAGCAUAUGCUCAAUUCAACAGAGAGGACAAGAAAAUCAAACCCAUUUUCAAUGGCGCGUACGCAAGAAGGACAAUCUUCAAAGCCUGUGAAUGGUGCCUGGAGAAGUAGAAGCACCAAUAACGAAAAUUUCGCUAGCAACUGUACAAGAAGUUCUGCUGUUUUUGAUGACGACAGCUCAAAUAUUUGUCGAAAUGUAAAUAACGGAAAAGGGUCAGGUAUACAUGGUUCAAUAAUAUCUGUCACAGCUACCAUGUCAAGUGCUGAAACAGAACUGGCGAGAAACUACAUAUACAAUCAUGAUAAUGAAUCAAGUAACUAA